GGCUGCAUAUGCAAGAUCGCUGGGCAAGCCGUUAGCCGGAGAGAACCUCAACCUCUCAUCUCAGCCAUUGAACGCCUCUCGUGGUCGCGUGAGAGGGACAGACAGCAAGUGAACUGCCUGUAGAAAAGCUCUUCGUUCCCCUUCUCGAGCACAUUUGGUCUUGAGUACUCAUCGUUUUCCACUUCAACUGAGCUCUUCUGCAUCUCGAGAUACUCACCGCUCCUGUACUUAAGUCACUUCGUACCACCAUGGCAUCCACUUCGGGCUCUAAACCGAUCGUCCUCCACAUUGGCGAUCCUGUCAAGUGGAACACAGCAUUCUACGACAUAUUCUCGAAAGAUUUCACCGUCCUUCGUCCUUCGUUAGAAGAACGUCAACGAGAUGCAUUCAUGAAAGGGCUGAAGGAAGGAAAGUGGGGCAACUUCUCUGCGAUAUUUCGUCCCUUUUGGAAUACAGGGGGUGAGAUGGGUCGUUGGGACAAAGAAAUGAUCCCAUUGAUCCCCAAAUCGUGCAAGAUCUUUGCCUCUGCUGGCGCUGGCUUCGAUUGGGCUGAUGUUGAUAUUUUGGCCGAGAGAGGGAUUGUGUACUGCAACAGCGCAUUAGCUUCCACCGAAGCCGUUGCGGACUUCGCAAUCUUCCUCAUCUUGGCGACAUUCCGCAACCUCAAUUGGUGCACGACCGCUGCUCGCUCAUCAGCAACAGACUUCACGUAUUGUCAUCAGAACACCGCAGCCCUCUCUCACAAUCCUCGUGGCAAUAACCUCGGUGUUAUCGGACUCGGCAACAUCGGGUUUGAAAUCGCGCGGAAAGCUUACCUGGCAUUUGGAAUGAAAAUCAAGUACUUCGAUGUUAUUCGCAAAUCCAAAUCCAAAGAGGCUGAGAUCGAAGCGGAAUUCUUCACGGACGUUGACGCUAUGCUUGCGAUUAGCGAUUGUGUGGUUCUUGCAACACCUGCUAGCCCAGAUGGCAGGAAGCUCAUAACCAAGGAACGACUCUCAAAGAUGAAGAAGGGGAGUAGGUUUGUGAAUAUUGCUCGAGGUGUCCUCGUUGAUGAGGAGGCUUUGGCUGAUGCAGUUGAGGAUGGGACUCUGGUUGGUGUGGGCUUAGAUGUCCAUGAGAACGAGCCGAAGGUCAGCGAAAGGUUGAAGAGGUUGAGGGAGGUUAACCUCACAGCACACAAUGCUGGAGGUACUCUGGAAACUCACAUUGGAUUCGAGGAGCUGGCAAUGAGAAACAUCGACGCCGUGCUCAAAGGCAAAGAACCGCUGACACCAGUCAACAAGCACUUGAUCAUCGUCCCUGCAAGCAAAAUUGGCAAAGUCAAACUUUGAACCCGGAACCUUGACUUCAACUAAUUGGCUUUGUAGAGUUAAAGUAGAUAUGAUUCGUGCCUCAAAAGCUCAUUUGAAUGCAUUCAGUUAUUUCCAUGCAACGAUUUACGAAUCAAGCAUGAAUUACGUAAUGACCAG